CGAACGGACUGUCGCGCCGUCGUGCCUACUUGUAGUUUCCACUUUGCAGUUGGCUUGGUCAGUCGAGUCUGCGCGACGCUAGCGCGUUCAGUCCGUCCGUAUCAUUAUUCGCUGGAAGUUUUAUUAUUAAUAUUAUAUUCAUUUAUGACUAAUGACAGCGCCAGUGUUAAAUAGAUAAAAAAUAAGAGAACGUAAACUAACGAUAACACUUAAUAAAUUGGGUAUUAAAGUGAAAUCAAGAAGUUUUUUGUGACUAUUAUAAGGAGUUGUUGAAUUUUGUGUUAAAUCGUGGCCGAAGAAGGCGUAAGUGGAUGGUAAAGUUGGAACACAACCGGCUUGUGAACGUCAAAUGUGUUUGUUUGAGAGGCGAGUGGCGCCCGCUUGUCCUCUAAAUAUGACUUUAACAGCGAGGUUAUCUCCCCAAAAUGCAUGUGUGGAAGUGGGGGUGCCUCUCAACAGCUGGUCCAGCGGCGUUGCUUGCUGCCCAAACUGUAGGCAUGAGCUGCGAGUCUCUCUCACACCCUGCAGCGGGAAGACACAUAACCAGCCCCAGACACCUGUUACCCCACCGUUCACAAUACACCCUCCGUACUUGCCACAAUCUCCAUUAUACACAACCCCAUCCUCACCUUUCAUACCUUCACCAUAUAAUGAUGAGUUGAGACGGUUAGCAGAUACUCUAAGAGCAUUAAGGCUCUCGGGGUGGUACUAUGGAAACUUAGACUGGCAGGGUGCCCGAAGUUUAUUAAAAGAUGCCAGUGUUGGUGCUUUCGUUAUAAGAGACUCGGGCGACAGGAAUUUCAUAUUCUCACUAUCAGUACAAACAGAAAGAGGUCCUACUUCUGUGAGGUUACACUUUGAAGAGGGAUUUUUUAGAUUAGACUGCGACAGACCAUUAGCAAGGUAUAUGCCGAGGUUUCGAUGUGUGGUGGAACUAGUGCAACAUUAUGCCAGGGUUGGGGAACGAGGUGCGGCGGGCACAGUGUGGGUAGACAGAGAAGGCUGCACACAUUCACCGGUCCUACUCAAAACACCGUUAAGGAAGAACCCACCAUCAUUACUUCAUACUGCCCGACUCGCAGUACACAAAGCAUUGUCUAACCCAUUAAGACCCAAAAUAUGGUGUGCACCAAAACACAGGUUGCUGCCUCUCCCCUCCACUCUCAUAGACUAUCUCGGUGAAUAUCCAUACUCAAUCUAAUAUUUGGAUCUGUAUUAAUUUAAAACACUUAGUGCAUACAUUCUGUCUGUUGGUAUUACAUUGUACAUUAUAAACUCAGAUCACUAUAAUCAUAGUAUUUCAAAUCAAUCUUGGGAUAAUGAUGGUAUAAAAACUGCCGAAUAUAAUGCAUUUAUUUUAAUUGAAUAGCCAAUUACAAUUAUUUGGAAUAGCAAUAUUUGAUUAUAUUCAAAAAUAGUUCAAUGAAUAUAACCUAACCAAGAAAAUAAAAAACCUAGCCUGAGAGUGCUUCAAUUGCAUAUUUUAUCUCUUUCUAAUUUGUAUAAGGAAAUUGUUACCAUUUAUUUCCGCAAUAUGGCGAGGUUUUUUUAUAUUUCUGGUUGUGCUAUUUACAAAUUAUAAAAAUAAUUGAACAAUCAUAAUCCCAAGAUAGUGUCAAAUCCUUUUGUACAAAUGAAUGUGUCAUAAUGUCAUAGGGCCGGCUCCUUUAUCAUAAAUGUUACAAAUAUCUUGUAAUAGUAAAUAAAAACUUGUGUAUUACUCAUAAGUAUUUAAUAAUGGGACUCAAAUAUGGUAUUUAGUGAAAAUAUUUAUUGCAAUAAUUUUGUUAUUUUCUGUAUGUAUAUAAGUGAUGUUUUGAUAAUGCAAGACUGAAAUACAAGAGCCGCUAUGUAAUACAUAAAAUUAUGUUUUACAUUUAAUUUGAUAGUGCAUUUUGUAUGUAUGGAGUUAAUGGUGACAACCACCAGUUAUGUUUAAUUUAGCAAAUUGUUCACUAAUGCCUAAUCUUGUCCGUAAUAUUAAGAAAUCA